AUGACGGACGAGGAAGAGACAUGGGGUUCUCAAAUCGCCGCUCAACUCGCUGGAAAGGGCGCGAAUGUCCUCAUCACCUACGUCGCCGGUGCUGAUGCUGCCGCUCAAGUUGCUGCCGACAUCAACUCGAAAGGUGCGGGCCAGGCAAUUGUCUCCCAGGCCGACGCCGCUUCCCUUGAGGCCAGCCAGCGCGUUGUGAAGAAGGCCGUAAACAAGUGGGGCCGCCUCAACAUCGUCGUCCUCAAUGCGACCUUCGACAAGACCUUCGACACGAACGUCAAGGGGCCCAUGUUCCUCAUCCAGUCUGCCCUCCCUCACUUGACUUCGGCCGUAUCAUCCUCAUCUGAGUCGUCAUCACUUACCCGCGCGUCGAUGGUUCCUCCCGACUUCCUUCUCUAUAACUGCACCAAGGGCGCUGUGGAGCAGAUGGCGCGCGUCCUCGCCAAGGAUCUCGGCCAGAAGGGUAUCACUACCAACGUUGUCGCGCCCGGACCGAUCGAUACCGACCUCUUUCGGAACGGAACGACGGAGCAGGAGGUUGCGUUCACCGAAAACCUACACCCCGCGAAGCGUCUCGGCCAGGCGGAAGAAGUCGCGAAGGUGGUAGACUUCCUCGUCAGCCUUGAGGCGUCUUGGGUCAACGGCCAAACGUUGAUGGUCAAUGGGGGCUUCGUCGUAUAA